AUGGUGGUCAUGGUAGUGACACUGGUAGUGAUGAUGGAGGUGGUGGUGGCAGUGACGGUGGUAGUGGUAGUGGUAGUGGUAGCGGUAGUGGUAGUGGUAGUGGUGGGUAGAGGUAGUGGAGGUGGUGGUGGCAAUGAUGGUGGUAGUGGUGGUGGAGGUGGUGGUGGUAGUGGUGGCAGUGGCAGCGAUGGUGAUAGCCAUGACAAGAUGGUGGGGAAAGCAAAGAUCAUGGCCUAA